UAAAUAUAACCUAUGAUUCUUGUUGAACACAAAAGUGAAAGUAAAUAAGUUUGUUGAUAUAAAAACUCCGUUUCAGCAGUUUAAGGAAUAAUUUAUUCUAGCCAGUAAUUGAAUUGAACUGUAUUGUAUAAUCAAAUGUGAUGACGACUUCAAGAAUCGUUCGGGGAACUAAAAUCCGGAUAUUUUUAUGCUUUUGUGCCAUAGUAAUUAUAUUAGGACUAUUAGCUUGUUAUAACAAUACUAUAUCCCAACUAGAUGAAACUCAAAAAGCGGUAGCAUUAUGCCACCAACAACAGGAAAACUUAUCCACACAAUUACAAGUUAUAUCUGAUUAUAAAUUGCGCUUAGAGAAAGCUUUGAAAACUGAAAAAGCAGAACAUGUAAAGAGUAAUAGCAGUUUCGAUCAAUCGCUAAAAGAUGAGAAAUCAAGAAAUGAGAAAAAUAUGAUGGAAGCUAAACUGCGAUUCAAUUCUUUGCAGCAGAGAUAUAAUCUAUUGCAGACUGAGCAUGAUGAUUAUAAGGAGAAAAUAUUGAAAACCCAACAGGAACAAUUGGAUGAAAUAGGUGAUCUCCAGUCCAAAUUGAAAGAAGCUCAAGAAGAAAUAAAAAAAGUCAUAAGUUCCAAAGAAAAACUGAAAUCUGAUUAUCUUAACAUCCAGAGAGAGACCGAUAGUUUGAGAAAACAAGUAGAAGGACAUGAAUUAAACUCAAUUGGAAAUGAAAAUAAAACAAACUAUUUACAAAAACAAAAUAUAGAUCUUAAAAGGGAGAUUAACCUGCUCAAAGAGAAAUGUCCAGAUCAAAGGGAUACUAUUCAAGAACCGAUUAUUUUGAAUGAUAUUCCAAAAACUUCUCAAAAAGAAAUCGCGAAUCAAGAUCAAGGACAACAAAAUGAUCAGAAUGUUUUAGCUAUUCCUUUGCCUAAUAAUGAAGGAAAAAAUAAUAAAGGUUCGUCUUCGACACCUUCCUCAAUAAAAUCAAGUUCGCAGGGCAAUUUAAAUGGUGCUAGACCGCUUGCAGUGCCCACAAUGACCCCCAAGAGUCAGAAGAAUGAAAGUGGAGAUGUUUCAGCUAAGCACAAUGGAAAUGCCGUGCCACAAGGUGUAUUACCUGUACCUGAAAAUUUGCCAGAAGAUGUAGUUCCUGCAGAAGAAAAUGAAGUUAGAAACAAUAUGGUUGACGAACGGUACAAAAACAAAAUCGAUGAAUCCAAAAUAAAGAAGCAGGAGGAAAUGGAAAGAGAGAAUAUGGGAAACGAAGAUCUUGACCAACAAAACAUCGAUGAAGGACUCAACUUUGGAGAUGCAGUUAAACAUGCCGAGAAACAGAACAAGGAGCAUAUUGAUAAUCUCGGUGUUUUCAAAGAACAGAAAAAUCAACAAAUAGCCCUUGGAGUGGGUGACUAUAAAGACGGACAGGUUGAAGAAAAUCCUGGUAUGGAUGAAGCGGAAGAUGAUGAUCAAGAUGAAUAUGGAGAUCAUCUUGCAAGGCAUAAGGAGCCAGCAGUGAGGAAUUAAGAAAGUUUUGACAAUUUUUAUUUUGUAGAUAAUAAAUUUUUUACUUAUUUCUAAGUAAUAUAUAUGAUAUGAUGGUAUGUGUCUGGAAUUAGAAGUAGAAUUCAUUUUGUUUCUGUCCAUUGAGUACUUCAUUUUUACUUAGAAGUAAUAGUUAAAGUAUUUUUUUGUUUUGCCUUAUUAUUUUGGGUUGAACAUUUGAGUUUAAUAUUAUAACUGGGAGAAUUGUUGAAAGCAAUUGAUCGAUUUUAUUUGAUUUGCAUAUUGAUUUAACAAUUUUUUGAGUUUACCUGAGUGUGAUAAUUUAUUGAAAUGACUUAUGUGCAUUUAUAAAAGUAUUAAUAAUUCUAGAAUAAAUUUUUACUGACUUUUUGUGAAA